UGUUGUAAAUGUAAGCUAACUGUUGCUGAUGAUGGUUCGAGGUGAAUGCAGUAAUCUGUAAAAAUCUAUAAGCGGAAGUCACAAAGCUGUUUUUAGGACAAAUAAGUCUCUUUUGUGCAGUUUCAACAUCACAGAGGUAUGUCUGGUGACGACUGACGACUAGGAAGCAUAUGUGCAUUAGUUCAGUGGUUAGCUAGCUAUAUGCCCAUACAUGUGAUGGUCAAAUUAUAUCAUGCUUGGAUAAUCUUCAAAGGACAUAUUCUUCUACACUCUGUCAUACCCAAUUGCAAAAUUACUUAUAAAAAUUAAUUACCAUUUAAAAAAGAAAUUAAGGUUCAUAAUCAACCAAGAAACAUAAUGCAGGUUUCUUGACUGAACCUUACCAUUUUUCUCUUCUUCUAUUGUUCUUCUCAUAGAUCACAAAAUGUCUAGCUCGAACCGGAAGUGUUUCUCUUCCAUUCCUUCAUCCUUUGCAUCAAUUUACUUGAUUACGGCUUUCUUUGCAAUCUCCUUCUUGUCUUUGCUUUACAUUAAAUACCCACAACAGAUUAAUAACUUUGAGUAUCUUAGGAUUAUUAACCUUAAUCCAACAACAAGAACCACGACCAAUCCGUUGUCGGUUAACGAUUUUCCAACCCCUUCUGUCAGUUUAUUGAAGGAGGUUGAUGUAAAUGCAGCAACAAAUCCUACAACUUCGCCAUUGCUGUCAGAUUCCGAAUUCCCUCCACCCUCUGUUGUUGAAUUUCCGCCUCCAAAAUCGACAGCAUUUGCCCAGGGAGUUAAUGAUGAACAACUUCCACCGCCUCCUGUUGUCGAAACCCCGGUUCCAAAUCUGACAGAAGUUGUGCAGGAAGAUAAAGAUGGCCAGCUUCAGCAACAGGAACAGCCUCCUGUUGCUGAUUCUCCUGUAAAUGAUGAUGCUGUCAAUUUAUCAGUAGCUCCAGCAGCAACAGUGGUUGAGGAAGCAGAAAGCGAAAAUCAUGAUCAAACUCCAUCUUCUCUUCCUCCGGCUACCAAUACAGAGGAAGAAAAUAAAAAUAAUAAUAAGGAUGAUUCAGGUCCAGUUCCUGCAGCUGUCAUUCAAACAGCAGAAAAACAAGAAGAGGAUGAAGAAGACGAAGCAGGUCUUCCUUCAGUUGACCACCUUUCAUUUCCUCCAAUCAAUAAUUCCAGCGAGGAAAGGAUGGCAUGGAUCAAGCAGAAGCUUCCGGAGUCUAGGCUACUGGAGUCAACUGCAAGUACACGAAAAUUCGAUGAGAAAAUGCAGCAGUUUAUCAGUACUAAAAGAUGCAGAGUCAAUAUCUUUAUGACAUGGAUAUCACCCACAAGGUAUUUUGGCAAGCGUGAAAUGUUCUCCUUAGAGAGUGUUCUUAAGGCACACCCUGGUGGCUGUGUCAUCAUAAUCUCCAGGAUCAUGGCCUCAAAACCAGGCCGAGAAAUGAUUCAACCACUCAUAGAACGCGGUCACCUAAUCCUUCCAAUAGUUCCUGAUUUCCCUCUUCUCUUUACUGGAACCCCAGCUCAUGAUUGGCUCGAAAGGCUUAAGGCUGGUCAGAUUGACCCAGGGAAGAUCCCCAUUACUCAAAAUCUCUCAAAUCUCUUAAGACUCGUCAUCUUGUACAAAUAUGGAGGUGUGUAUCUUGACACAGAUAUGAUAAUCCUUAAGGAUGUUUCAGGGUUAAGAAACACCAUUGGAGUUCAAGAACUAGAUGAGAAGAAGAAGAUUUGGGUAUCAGUGAAUAACGCGGUGUUGGUCUUUGAUAAAGAACAUCCAUUAUUGUUUCGAUUUAUGGAAGAAUUCAACUCGACUUUUGAUGGGAGUCUUUGGGGACAUAAUGGACCUUAUAUGGCUUCUAGGGUCAUAAAGAAGAGUGUUCAUGAUUCCAGGUACCAGUUCAAUAUGAUGUCUCCUGUCGCAUUUUACCCUGUUGAUUGGUUUAAAAUUCAUAAGUUUUUUCGGAAUCCAAAGGGGAAUAACGAUACAGAUUGGACUAACGACAUGUUUAACAAGGUUAGCAGGGAAUCUUAUGGUGUUCAUCUUUGGAACAAAAUUUCUAUCAAAAUGAGGAUCGAAAAAGAUAGUAUUAUUGGAAGAUUAAUUUCUGAUCAUUGUAUCAUAUGCAAAGAAGUUUAUAGUUCCUGAGACUGCAACCACACCACCAAAUUCCCUACAAGAAUUUAUCCCCCUUUAUUUUUGUCAUCACUUAAAGUGGUCACGGAUUAGAUAAAGUCAGAAAAAAAAAAAAAGUCGCGAAUUUGACAUUUUCUUAUAGUUAAAUUAGUUGUAAGUCUCGAUGAGCAAUUUUCUGUUAGAGAUUUUUUUUUCUUGAUUUAAAUGUAAUAAUAUACUGCCUUUUUUAUAUGGGGAAAUUUCGAAUUUCUCUUCCA